AUGAGAAUCUUAGAGUUUAUAGUGCUUUGGGUAUUGGGAUGUGCACUAGGAGGGGCCUCCGUGCCAUCGGCCGCCAUAGAUACUUAUCAAAAACGUAUCCAGGAGGAAUGCGGCUUUACUAGAUAUCCUACCCUCUGUGUUCAAACCUUAAUCGGCUUGGACUCAAGGAAUCAACAUGUUGACUUGAUGUCGGCUCUUGUUGACAAGAUCGUGCAUGCGACGACGCUGUCCACUUCAGAUUUUGCCAAUUUCAGCUCCCAAUUUGGAGCCCAUGAACCUAAACGUGCUGCUUCCGUAACAGCGUAUUGUGAAAAACUCAUGAGCAUGUCUCUUAAACGCCUUGAGCAGUCCCUGUUAGCCCUAAAAGAUUCUCCAAAGAAAAACAAGCAUGACAUCCAAACAUGGCUAAGUGCUGCGAUAACUUUCCAGCAAGCUUGUAAAGACUCCGCCGGAGACUUAAUGGUUCAGAUAUCUAAGAAGAUGGAGUAUCUGUCUCAGUUGGGAAGUAAUCCUUUAUCUCUUGUCAACCGGAUCACUAGUACUGCAGGUAAGUUCAAGAACAGCACAACUCGCCGUCUUGGUGAGGAACAAGCUUUUCCCAAGUGGGUAUCAGCUAAAGAUAGGAAGCUACUUGAGGCAACCACCGUAAAAGCGAACGCCAUAGUUGCAAAAGAUGGAUCAGGCAACUAUAAAACUAUUUCGGAAGCCAUCCAGGCUGCUUCCGGGAAACGGUUUGUGAUUUACGUAAAGUCGGGGACUUAUAAGGAGAAGAUUCACACUAACAAAGAUGGCAUUACCUUGAUAGGAGACGGGAAAUAUUCAACUAUUAUAGUUGGUGACGACAGUGUCGCUGAAGGCUCUUCCAUGGCCGGCUCAGCCACAUUCACAAUCACAGGAGAUGGAUUCAUUGCUCGCGAUAUUGGAUUUCAAAACACAGCAGGUCCUCAAGGAGAACAAGCCUUGGCUUUGUACAUCGCUUCCGAUCAUUCAGUUCUCUUCAAGUGUAGCAUUACAGGCUACCAGGAUAGCCUGUACGCACUCGCACUCCGCCAAUUUUACCGCGAAUGUGACAUCUCUGGCACCGUAGACUUCAUCUUUGGAAACGCUGCCGCUGUUUUUCAGAGCUGCAAUUUGGUACUUCGUAGACCAGGACGUGGUUACAAUGUGAUCCUCGCAAGUGGAAGAAGCGACCCCGGACAAAAUACUGGCUUCUCCAUUCACAAGUGUAAGAUCACGGUGAGCUCAGACUUUUCUCCGGUGAAACAUUCCUACAAUUCGUAUCUAGGGAGGCCGUGGAAGGAGUACUCUAGAUCAGUGAUAAUGGAGUCAAGCAUAGAUGAUGCUAUUGCACCAAGAGGUUGGAUUGAGUGGCCUGGAGCUGGGAGCUCCACUCUCAAGACACUUUAUUUUGCGGAAUACUCAAAUGAAGGGCCUGGAUCUGGACUUCACAAGAGGGUGCAGUGGCCUGGAUUUCAUGUUAUUGGAGAGGAAGAAGCUGCCAAAUUUACUGUCGCUAAGUUCAUUGAUGGGAAUUCAUGGCUGCCUUCCACUGGAGUAACUUUCAACUUCGGCCUGCACUGAUUUUCAAUGGAAUUAAGCUAGGAUGCCGUACGCUGAAUUACUAGCUAGCUCACAAAUAAAGUGCAAAUUAAGCUGGAUAGCUGGCGAAUAAGAAAAUUUAGCGCUUCUAGUUAAUUAUUUUCAGUUGGAAAAUAUUGUUGUUAAUUACUAGUUACUGUACGUAUCACACUAGCUUAUAACUAAAUGGGUUUGGCUAUCUUCAAAAAAAAAAAAACUAAAUGGGUUUGGCGGCUUUGGCCACUGUUGAUUCCAACAAGUUAACGGUAGCGUUUUGUUUGUAAUAAUAUCAUUGUAAGAAGUUCUGAUCAGUCUGGUUUAUUAAUUAAGGUGGUUUGAUUGGCCGGGCGCUUGU